CGAUGGCCCGGAGGGAGCGUGGUCACGAGUCUGCCCAAAAUCAUAGCUUUUGGGGGAUAAAGGUACGGAUAAAGUUUCGGGAUGAAGUAACGGAUGAGCUCUGCGAACCACCCCGAGAUUUUCCGAGGAGGGUCUAACGAGGCCCCAAGCCCGUUAGCGAGAGAGGGGAGACAAAGAGGAGGAGGAGGAGGAGGAGGAGGAGGAGGAGGAGGAGGAGAGAUGCAACGGCAGAAUCCAAUUUACGCCGAUGAACCUAAGUCAUUAAGGAAUGGAGGAGGAGAGGGUAGAUUUGAGAGAGAAGUUGCCGCUGGAGGAGGCGGAGGAGGAGGAGGAGGAGGAGGAGGGGUAGGAGACAUAGGCAGUGGAGGGGGAGGAGGAGGAGGAGGAGGAGGAGGAGGAGGAGGAAGAAAAAGAAGGGUAGGUAGUGGAAGUUCUCGCAGGUCAAGCACUGGCAGGUCCCUCCUCUCUGCAUCUCGGCAGUGGCUUCUGGCCGUCCGGGAGUCCGUGAAAUCGGAUGAUGCCAAGGAGUUGAUCAGGAGCUUGCCGGACUCUGAAGCGGCUGCUAGCAGUAACAAAGCUAACUUGAUCAGUGCCUUUUUCUUGCCUAAGGACGUCCCUAAAUCUGUUAGAACAGCCGUUCAAUGGACAUUGAGUAUAGUUUGGGUGCUUGGCUGUCUAUCUAUCUUGCUUGGCACAUUUAUGGGCUUAUUGGUCGCGAAUCGUCGGAGUCGUACCGCCGAACUGAAGUCUCAGUGCAAGUCCAUUAGCAUUGUGGUUUCAUCCCUGUUCUGGCCUUUGAUACUGCAACAGAAAGUUGUGCUGGAGUUUGUCCGCCUACUCCACACGGAUCCACCUGUGUCUCAACUCACACAAGAGCUCUUUGUUCACUUCACCGCAUCGACGGCUGCUAGCAGACCCAACGUGUACCGAAUGGCUUUGAUGGAGAUUAUACAGGACAGUGAAAGAAUGGCCUUUGAGAUCGAGAAAGGCUAUACCAUCCGGGACUCUCGACUCAAUCCUGCACCGAAGGCGAACUUUUAUGCCCCCGUCCUGUUUCAUGAGAUUGCACCCUUCACCCAUCAAGGGCUUGACGGGUUGCUGGAGUUCUCUACAGGUCUACGCCACACAAUCUUGAGGGCGUACGGAGGUGGUGCCAGGUGUCAGUUUGCUCUCUCUGGUCCCCAGGCUGAAGCAAUUCCAAGUGUGUCCAUCAAGAACGGCAUCAUAAGUAUCAUUCCCUUGUACACUAACGAUCAUCACCUCCUGUCCCCUACUAAUGCUACAUUGCGUGAAGAAGGGCCACCGCAUCCCCCCCCUUCUACCCCGGUUUCACAAACCCUCCAACCCAUCGAUUUCAGUUCGGUGUUCGGCGUAGGGCCUUGCACCCGUCUUGUGAUGGCAACGAUCGACUUCAGGGAGAUGAUGAUGGACUACAUGCGCAGGAAUGAUCCAGAGGAGAGGAUCAUGCUGCAGGUGGUUGAUGUAGAUGAACUGAUGUCCACCUCGGGUACCGCCUCCAGCAGCUCUACGUCCGGCUCCAAUUGGCGGCCUCAUCUUCUGUUCGAGUCUCUGAGCGCUGAUGGGAGUCACCGCUACGACACUGCUGUACCUCUUAGCUUAUCCGCCGAUGGAUCACAUCGGCUACAAUGCUCAUGGCGGAACGGCCAACCCUUUCCCAUGAUGGCGAUAGCAUGGACAGUUGUCGUGUUUGGUGCUUUGUUCCUCUUGAAUCUCCUCUUGAUCUUGAACAACCAAGUUUUCUUUGCUCAUCGCAACCUUGCCUUCCUCAAAUCUCUUAAGGAUCGCUUAGAGGCCAAGAACUACUUGUUGGAGGCAUCCAUGAAACCUCGAGAAACUUUCACAUUGGCUGCUGUGGAGAAGGUUAGAAACCUGGUUGGGGAUUUCAUGUACAUGAUAUGGAGGAUCAAGGGAGCAGUUGCGGGGGGGGCCACCGAGUCGCCUUCUCCUGCUGUUUCUGCUUCCAGGGAGGAGACCAUGGAAAAGGUCCUUAAGGCGGGGCGUGUCUUGCUUUGGACCGUAUCCAAUUUCGCGGAAUGGUCUAGGAUCGACGCCGGCAGAGUGACCAUGUAUCCCAUGGAAUUCAGUAUCCGCAAGCUGAUCGACGAGGUCAUCAACAAUGCGAUAGAGGAAUUCCAACUUGAGAGCAGGAGCAGCUACCCCCUCGAAGUUGCGGCGAUCGUUCAUGAUGCUAUCCCGGAGAUGAUAUACGGCGACAGCGACAAGUUGAGGGCUGUGCUUUGGAAUCUUGUCAGCAAUUCGAUUAAGUGGUCUAGAGAUGGGCAUGUGCUCAUUUGUGUUCGACUCAUUGCUGAUGAUGAGCGGCUCGAGUUCGACUUCACGAAACGGAAGUCAGCGCCUGGCAGCAUUGUCAGCGCAGCCAGUGGAGGGCGGUCAAGUGCGAUCCUUCUUGAGGGCUCAACAUCUAAUAAAGCGAAGCACCUUAAGUGGCUUCAUGACAAACUUGCCCUGGCGAAAAGGCGUACAUUUGCGCUCAUGCCUUCAAGGAUGAGAUCGUACAUGUUUGGAGGUGUGGGAAAGGGCGAUUCGAAGUCGGAGAUGAUGGGGAGUGAUCGUGACUUUCAGCAACGUGCUUCGAGUGAAGAAGGAGAGACAAUUGUUCCAAGUAUUGAAGAUGGCGACACUCUUAGUGGGCGAAGGAUUGUGAAUUGCUGCAACAGUUGGAGUGUAGCAUGGCCUAGAAUGAACCCGACCUCUCGAUCCUACAUCUCCAAGCCUCCUCGCCGUGAGAACGGGAGCUUUUUGCUGCUGCUGUCGGUGGAAGACACGGGAGUCGGCAUUUCCGCCGAUGACCGCAAAAAGGUUUUCAGUCCUCUGGCAUCCAUUACUCCCCCGGUCAUUUAUUCGGAUACCGAGAACAGAGAAGGUUUGCAUGGCAUCGGGAUCGGGCUGGCUAUUGUCAAACGGCUGGUUAACAUAAUGCAUGGUGAGGUUGGGCAUGUGAGCAUGCCUGGAAUUGGAACAACCGUCUUCUUUGUUGUGCCCGUGUUGGACUUGCAUUGGGACAGGAGUGCGCUAGACAGGGGGAAGGUGGAAGGAGCUGCGGCAGAUCUGCAUGCAAUCCAGGAAGAUGAUGAAUCCCGUGCAGCCGAGUCAAGCAGUCCAAGCAGGCGUAAGGACAAAGUCUUGGUGUUUUGUAUAGACAGGAACAUUGUGCGUCAGGUUGUGCUGCAGCAAAUUGCUAGCAGACUUUCCCAGGAUGUGUUGUACUCUGCAGCAUCUAGUUUGGAGCAGUUUUUGGCGCUUGUAGCUAGGACAAAGCAAUUGUGGUCACCCUCCUCGUCACAACCCUCCGCUUCAGCUCAACCGCCUUCCGCCGCGUCCCCCUCCCUGUCCGUGCCUUCUUCCUCCUCUGCCGGUUUGGCCUCUGCUUCCCACAGUGACGCGGGCACGUCUUCGUCUGCUGCGGCUAUGGCGGGUCAUAGUCAUCGUGACCCAGAUAACAUAUACAUGCCGAGCAAUUUCAAGAUUGAGAAUGUGCAUGGGAUUGCACGUAGAAUCAUCAUUCUUGUUGAUGAGGAUCAUUGUGACGACCAACCAGUGUCAACCUUGCCAAAUUUGCCAGAGGUUUUCAAGAGAGGAGGAGGGCCCACUGCCAACCAGUCAGGCAGCAGGUCGGAAGUUAAAUCCAGUUUCUGGGGAAGGUGGGGUGGCUCCUCGUCACAGUCGUCUGCUGUAUCGCCUCCAGACAGUCGGGACAGCAAUGAAAUGCCAGAUGUGACAUGGUGUUUCAUUUGCAGAGAUGAUGGCCCAGUCACUCAGCAAAGAUCGAAACGACUGGGUUUUUCACAUGUCAUCCGAAAACCAUUAACGACCGCUAAGUUUCAAAACCUGUUCACAGAGUCCGCCCCUACACCCACAUCUGGCAUCGAGGAACAGUGAAGACCGUAAUGUGUGCUUUUGUAGCCUUUUGUAUUGUCCAGUGCUGCAACCAAGAGUAUA